AUGAAUGGCUUCAUCAAAGACUAUUAUUAUUUAUAGUUACAAAGGAUAUUCAAACAGGAGCAGUGGCUAUUUAAUAGUGGUGCUUAAGGGGAUAUUGUAAUAUUAUUAAACCUUAAUACAUAGAAAUUAGAAUCUGGAAUCCCGUUGGUUCAUUAAUUUCUAACUACAAUGGCUGGACAGUAACUGAAAAAGAAUCCUAAGAUGGCAGAUGAAAUAAUAAAUCUUGUACAAGAUGAAAAAGAAAAAACAAAAUUGAUCACUCAAUUGCAAUAAACUUAACAAUAAUAAGUAAAUAUACAAUCACCCAAAGUAUUAAAAGCAUAAACAGAUAAGAAUGACCCUAGCUUCUUCUAGAAUAUUGUAACAGCCUUAAGAUGUUGGGAUAAAAAAUAAAAAUGA